UUUAUUUGGAGGUCAUUAUAUUUUAGAAGAGGAAGAGAAAAGAAUAGUCUGUUGGGGGAUGGACAUAGGAGAACGAGCCCUAGACUAUCAGCUUCAUCAUCUCAGAUUCAAGGUGAUUGUAACAAGCAAUUCCAGAAUGGUGGUGCUAAUGCCAUUGGUGCAAGGAAAACAAUGUCAAAAGAGUUGUUUGGGCCACCAUUAUGCAACUCUGAUAACAACCAAGAUGACCUUGUGACAUUCUUCUCUGCCGCACAUUAUUCCAGUACAUAUCCACUCCGCAGCUACAAGAAGAAUGAUGGAGCACCAGAUUUUCAUAAAGAUCAUUUGAAAGAUGAUGAGUCAUGGUUACCUGAUAAAAGCACCUUAGAGCUUGUUCUAGAUACAUUACAGAGGAAAGAUGCAUAUGACAUUUUUGCUGAGCCAGUUGAUCCUGCUGAGGUUGAAGAAUACUACGAAAUAAUUAAAGAGCCUAUGGAUUUUGGCACCAUGAGAGCUAAACUUCAUGAAAGCAUGUACAAGAAUCUUCAACAAUUCAAGCAUGAUAUAUAUUUGAUAUUUGGGAAUGCUCUGCAUUUUAACUCCUCAAAUACGGUGUACUUCAGACAGGCCCGUAUUUUGGAUGAAUUAGCAAGGAAGGUUUUCCAUGUUCUGGAAACUGAUCCUGAAAAUUUUAAACUGGAAUUCAGUACGACAAGGAGAAGAUCAAGUAGAAGAUUUGAUGGUGAACUUAGUAGUUUCACUUCUGCCUCCUGCAGGAACCAAGCAAGAGAUUCUACUGAUCUUCGUCAAAAAGCUGGUAAUAAAAGACAAACUAGUGCUUGUGCGUAUGAACGGCGUUCUACAUACAAACCCGGGAUGUGCUUGCAAGACAAACCAAGUUCAAUUAUUUCACCUAUAUAUGGCACAAAACCACUUACACGGGCAAAUGAGGCAGAUGUUGGAUUCAAAGAAAGCUUAAUGUUGUUCGUAAAAGAUUUAGGACCAACUGCUGGUAGGGUGGCGGAAAGGAAGUUGCAAGAAUUAAAGAUGCAGGGCAUGAGUAGCCUUGAUAUGAAAAAUAAAGAUUCAAAAACAGCGCAGGAUACAAGAAAACUAAGAGAAGCGGGCACAAGUAAAGAGGGUCCCGCGAUAGACAAGGUUAAGUGGACUGAAAGAGCCAGAGCCAAUACAGAGAUGAGUUACUAUGGGAAUAGGAUUACAACAAGUAUGAGUAUGAAUCUUCCAGUGGCAGUGAAGGAGUUGAAGCAGACUCAGGUUGGCAACUUGGACUUGAAUCAGACUCGGGUCUUAAAUUCUCAAACUGCAUCUGCGUCUACAUUGCAGUUGCACCACCAUCUUUGUUCUCUACCUCAUGCUUCAACAACAACUUCUCAACUACUCAAUAAUAUGAAUAUGUCACCAUCACUCUCUACAUGCUUCCUUUUCGGGAUUCCUUUGUCAACGUACUCAUCACUCAAUAUAAAUAUGCCUUAGCAGCUAAUUCAACUCGAAGCAAUCUAAUAACUCAGAGACAUCAAACAUUACUAGUCAAGUGUACUAGGAGUUGUUUCUAGAGCUUUAAAAGCGUGAGAGCUUCUUUUACAUACCUUCAUUAACAAAAUCUAGUAUAUAUGUUAUGUACUUGUGUUUCCCUCUUAUUUUUCCUUCUAAUAUAUGUUCCAUGAUGCUAAUAUAU